GUCACACUGGGACCCAUCAAUCGAAGUCCACAUUUGAAAUGGUUUGUGAAAUAGAGAGCGUGUGUCCCACACAUCUUUGAGUGGUGGCAUAGAACAGACUUUUCUCGUAUUCUUCUUGUACCAAUUACCAACCAAUAUGUUGUCCACUCUCUCUUCUCUCUCUUUCUCCAAACACUCUGACAAUGAAAUCAUCAGCAUCAUAUCUGUAUUCUUGAAUCUGAUUUAUCUUAUCUUCCAGUUGGAUAUUAGCCAGCCCCAAUCCAAAGGAGAUUUUAAUUAUGGAUCCUGAUAAGGGAUUGAUUUCAGAUCCUUGGAAAAAACCCUCUUUCGCGUGCAAUGAACUUUUGGAGGAUGAACAACCAGACUACCUCCAGUUCUUGAACAGUUUCACUUUGCAUCAGCAGAAGUGGGAAAGUUCAUUUCUUGAUCAGGUGAGGGUUCAGAAUGAGUUGUCCCAGCUCAACCAACCGCCAUCGGGCAAUGAAUCCUCUCCCUCUACCAUCAGCAACAUCAGAACUAGAGCUCUAUCAGAUCAACAAGGUUGCGACUCAAACAGGAUUCGAGAUUGGGAUCCGAAAACCAUGCUGACCAACCUAUCUUUUCUUGAAAAAAAGAUCCAUGAACUCCAGGAUCUGGUGCGCUUGAUUGUGGGUCGUCAAGCAAAUGAGCUCUUAGUUCGCCAGCAUCUCAUUACAGCCGACCUAACUUCUAUCAUAGUCCAACUGAUAUCAACUGCUGGCAGCCUUUUGCCUCCAGCAGUGAAGAAGCACACUGACCAGGUUGUGCAGCCUUCACAAGGUGUUCUUAACAACAUGAGUAAGGUUGAAGGUACAGAUCAGCAGAACUGUAGGGUGCUUGAAGAACCGGAGUCGAAAGAUGAAGAUGACGAAGAAGAAAACUUGGCCCCUGGUUCCUAUGAGAUUCUUCAGCUGGAGAAGGAGGAGAUUCUUGCACCCCACACUCACUUUUGCACCAUUUGUGGGAAAGGGUUCAAGAGAGAUGCCAAUUUGAGGAUGCAUAUGAGGGGCCAUGGGGAUGAAUACAAAACUGCAUCUGCUCUGGCAAAACCCCACAAAGAACCCACCUCUUUACCUACACUCAUCAAGAGGUAUUCAUGCCCUUAUGUGGGGUGCAAGCGCAACCGGACCCACAAAAAGUUUCAACCUUUGAAGACCAUCUUGUGUGUCAAAAACCAUUACAAGAGAACCCAUUGUGAGAAAAGCUACGCUUGCAGCCGAUGUAACGUAAAGAAAUUCUCGGUCAUUGCGGAUCUCAAGACGCAUGAAAAGCAUUGUGGCAAAGAUAAAUGGCUGUGUUCCUGCGGUACAACUUUCUCCAGGAAAGACAAGCUGUUUGGCCACAUCACCCUUUUCCAAGGUCACACGCCCGCGGUUCCCCCACCAGAUGACCACCAUGUUAACAAUGAAGCAUCCAUGGGUGCUCCAACGGAUCAUCCAGAGUUAAAUGCUUCCGAUGCUCAUACUGGUGCGGGCAGUUACUUCUCAACAUUGAACUAUGAUGAAACGGGUAAUCUUGGGGGUGGAUUUCAUGAUUUCCCAAGAGUCCCAUUUGAAGAUUCGGAUAGUUCCUUUUCUUUCUUAUUAUCUGGUUCGUGUGAUUACCCGCAGAAGGUUGGCAAAUAUAUGGAGUCCCAUGAAUAGGGAUGAGCCAGUAAUCUGGUGUAGCCUUGUACCUAGGAGUUGUCCCCAUUUCUCUUGAUUGCCUUAUUGUUGUAUUGGCCACAUUUUAUGUCAUGAAUCUAUUCAUCAUCAUCAUCAUCAUCAUCAUCAUAUUGAAUAAAGAUCUACUUUCAGU